AUGGAAGAUGAAUCGGCCACCAAUUCACACGAUUCGAUUUGCCCAAUCUGCCUUGGACCCUUAACUCAAGAUUCCUAUCUCGACCAUUGUUUGCAUAAAUUUUGCUUCAAUUGCAUUCUCCGCUGGACCAAAGUUGUUUCCUCCAAGCACCAAACUCCACCUUCUUCCGUAAAAUGCCCCCUUUGUAAGACAGAUAACUUUUCUAUCAUUUAUGGACUUGAUGGAACUUCCUUUCAACGCCAUUAUAUUAAUACAAAUCUUCAAGAUUGUUUUGUGUUAUCAAAAGGACACAGAUUUAGGUUACAAUGCUAUUAUACUCAACAAGGUUUCUUAGAAGACAUAUUUAAUAUAUCACUCUAUUGGAAAUCUCGUAAGUAUAAUCAGCCAAAUAACUGGCUUCGCACUUGGUUAACAAGGGAAAUUCAAGCCCUUACUCAGGAAGAGGAUGUUGACAUCAUUGUGCACCAUAUCUCUGGUGUGGUAAAACCAUUAUGGACAAGUAAAGAACAGAAGCUGCUCACAAAAGAACCUGAAAAGAUACAGGAAGAGUUCAUGAUGUCGGUCUCUGAAGCAGCCAGGCCUUUUCUGGGAGCAAGAACAGACAGAUUUGUGCAUGAGAUUCAACUAUUUCUUGCUUCAGGAUUGAAUAUCGAAGCUUAUGAUGCAGUUUACAUACAACGAUUAGGUUGGAGCUCACCUGGGGUAAACACUGAAGUUUCUCAAAAUGAAUUGAUUGAUCGCACUACUGUGAUUCCAUAUCUCUACAUAUUUGAUGACGACUCUGAUGGGAAUGAGUAG